AUGAAAGCAGUAGGUGUGUUGAUGAAGGAGUUGACGACAUCAAGGAGGAAAUUCCAUGAAAGAGGAAGAGAUGAAUCAUUUGAUGGGAAGUUGGAGAAGUUGCGGUUGGUUCUGAACAAUAUAAAGGAUGUGUUUGUAGAAGUGAAGAAGAAUGAAGAAAAACUGCUUGACACAUUAGCAGAGGUUUANGACCAUCUUCACAGGUUAGACCGCAAGAAGCUGCAUCAAGACAUGGAGGGCAUUUGCAAGAGAAUAAGAGAUUCUGCUCACAAUUUGCUCCCAACGCUUGUUUUUGAUGAGUCAUAUAAGGAGGAGGAUCACAGGGAUGGCAAAAUAUCUCACUUAUCAGAAGAGUUGGUGCUGCCCCAUCUGAUUGAGCUUUGGACUGAGAAAUAUUUUAACCUGCAACGCUAUCCAUCAAAAUCUUGCUUGUUUUGUCUCCUAAUUUUUCCUGAGAAUGCUGUCAUAAGGAAAAGAAUUGCAAUUAAUAUGUGGAUUGCAGAGGAUAUGGUUAGAAAUACUAUGGAGAAAACAGCAGAGGAAUUGGGUGAGGAUGUGAUUGAUGAUCUUUUGAAAUUUAAGGUGAUUGUACGCUAUGGUAGUAUAAAGGAUCCCAUAGUCAAUAAAUUUCAAAUUCUUCCUCACGUCCGUAGUCACUUGAAGUUAUCUUUAGAAAGAGAAUUAGGUUAUAUGAUACAAUCGCGGUUACUGCUUGAUAGAAAAAAAGUUACAAUAGGUGGAGUUGAUACAAAAACUACUACUUUACGUAUUCUUUUUAAUAUUGGCACAAGUUAUCUGAAUUUUGGAUCACAAUGGGUUACCCAUUCAUUCAAGAAUAUAGAAAUGCUUCAACUUGGGCGUUGGCAAGAUUCACCUUUGCAUCAUAUUGAAGUUGGGAGUGAAGAAUUCUUGAAAGAGUUGAGAACUCUGAAGCAGUUGAAAUAUCUGAGUCUUCGUGGGAUAUCAAGAAUAUUCGAGCUUCCAUCCUCCAUUGGUGAACUUGAGAGUCUAGUAAUUCUUGAUCUGAAAGCAUGUCAUAAUUUGGAAAGACUACCUGAUGAUAUUUCGUCAAUGAAAAGUCUGACACAUCUGAUUAUGUCUGAUUGUUGCUUACUGGAAGUCAUGCCAAAGGGGAUUGAGAAGCUCACUAAUCUGCAAGUCCUCAAGGGAUUUUUAAUAACUACUUCUGAAAAGACUCCUUGCAGAAUAUCGGAUCUUGCUGAGAAUUUGAUAAAACUAAAGCGACUCAGCAUACGUAUAGGAAGUGAGGCCGUGAUCAAGGAUACGGAGUUUGAAAGUUUGAUAAAUUUUACAGCACUGAAGCAUCUGAAAAUAUCUUGGAGUGUGUCUGACCCAAGGUAUGCUAAAAUUCCUAUCAUUUUGCCACUACAUUUGAGAAAGUUGCAUCUUGAAUGUUUUCCAGGAAAGAGUUUGAAAGAAGUUUUUAUAGUUUACUUUACGGGGCCACGUGAGCUAAAUAUAACUGGAGGAAAACUGGAAAGUCUUAGUUUGGAUUUAACUGGAAACUGGAAAGUGGAAAUACUGCGUCUGAAGUACCUAAAGCAAUUGAAUGUCGACAUAGACUAUUUGAAAUCAUUGAUUCCUAGGCUGAAAUAUGUAGAAAUUAAACAAAUCUCAAACCAUUCAUACAUUGAGCGUGAAUAUGAAUAG